GCCGGAACUCCGUGGCGGGGGCUUUUGUUUCCCGCCGGAAGGACCCUAGAGCUGACUUCUGUCGCUAUGGCAACGCAGCCAGCCCGGAAAGCAGUGAGCCCAGACCCCCUGAGAAUCCCCGGGGCGGCCGAGUGUCUGACGCGGGGUGUGGCGGGGGACGAAGUGGCCGGCGGAUCACAGGGAGGCGCGGUGAGUGGCAGGUCCGGCUCCCCGGAGCUUCCGCCCGGACAGCCACUUCGCGGGGUGCGGGGCUCCCGCAGACCUCACGACCUCGGGCACCGAGCUCUCUGGUGCUGUGUGCCUCAGCGUGGCCGGGCCCAGUGCUUUCCCGUGACUCGGUUCAAGGUCUGCGAAGGGAGAUGGCGUCCUUGUGCCGCUUAGAAGAGGGCCAGGUUGUGCAUCCCGGGGGAGCCGCGUUGGUGACGCGGCUUUGGGUGGCACUGCGUGGCCGUCCUAAAGCUGCCACCAUGCUGCCGCUGUGCUCCAAGCAGGCCCUGAGUGAGCUGCUGGCUCGAAAGGAGGAGGAGUGGCGGGCACUGCAGGCCCACCGUGCCCAGCUGCAGGAGGCAGCUUUACAGGACACUCAGAACCGCCUAGAGGAGGUGCGGGGGAAGCUGCGGCGCCUGCAGGAGGACUUUGUCUACAACCUUCAAGUGCUGGAGGAGCGCGAUCAAGAGCUGGAGCGCUAUGAUGCCGAGUUUGCCCAGGCCGGCAGGCGGGAGGAGGCCAGGCAGGCGGAGACCAGUGAGCUCAAGAUAGAGGUGGCUAAGCUGAAGCAGGCACUCACCAGAGAAGUCAGGCGCGCGGAGGAGCUGCAGCAGCAGCAACAGCUGAGGGUUCAGGAGCAUCGUCUGGAACUGGAGCGCAUCCGCAGUGACAAGAACAGUGAGCUCGACCACCAGCGGGAGCAGUAUGAGAAUCUGAAGUGGAAGCUGGAGAGGAAACUGGAGGAACUCGACGGCGAGCUUGCUCUGCAGAAGCAGGAGCUGCUGCAGGAGUUUGAAUCUGAAAUGCAGAGGAGGGAGCAUGAGUUCCAGCUGAAGGCUGAUGACAUGGGCAACAUGGUCUUGUCCCACGAGCUCAAGGUUAAACUUCUGAACAAAGAGCUGCAGGCUCUGAGAGAAGCCGGCAUGCAGGCAGCAGAGAGUCUUCAGAAGGCAGAGAGGAAGCACACGGAGCUAGAGAAGAAGCUGCAGGACACCGCCUGGGAGCUCCGCGACAUGGAGGCGGUGAAGGGCGCCCAGAUAAAGGACUUGGAGGAUAAGCUUUGCUCCGUGCAGCUGUCUAGGAAAAAAGAGGAGGAGAUCUUUAGGAGGAAGCAUGAAGAGCUUGACCGUCUGGCCAGGGAGAAGGACACAAUGCUGACAGUAGUGAAGGAGGCCCAUACAGAGCAGCUGCGGGCACUGGAGGCCAGGGUGCUGGAGCUGCAGGCCCACUGCGAGACCCUUGAGGCACAGCUGCGCAGGGCCGAGUGGACACGAGCUGACACUGUCAAGGAGAAGAAUGUCCUCAUUGACAAUCUCCGUGAAGAAAUAGCAGCUCUGAAAGCUGACUGGGAUGCCCAGAUCACUCAGAUGUCCAAGGAGGUGGUCUCCAAAGAUCUUCACGUUCAGACGCUGCAGGAAGAGGAGGUGAAACUCAAGGCACAGGUGGCCAGGCUCCAGCAGGACAUAGACAGGUACAAACAGCAACUGUCCCUUGCAGUGGAAAGAGAACAGAGCCUGGAGCGCGACCAGGUGCAACUGAACCUAGACUGGCAGCGCCGCUGCGAUGACAUUGAGCGAGACCAGAUCCAGAGGUCAGAGGCUUUGAUCCAGGGCCUGACCAAGGCCAGAACUCAGGUUGCUGCCAAGCUUCAGGAGACAGAGCGGGCACUGAAUGAGCAGGUUGUGCUUCUAAAGGCUGUGUCCCUUGAGCGAGACCAGGCUGUUGAGAUGCUACGGGCACGUGGGCUUCUCCCUGGACAGGAGACACAGAUCCCCCCACAGCAGCAUGAAGGUGAACUGAACAAGGAUUUUCCAUCCAGUGAGAUCCGGAGGCUACAGGAGCAGAACACAGGUCUGCGGAAUGCUGUUUCACAAAUGAGGAGGGAGAUGGAGACACUGAGUGCUCCCCUUCCUCCCGUGCAGACAGGAGGGUGCUCAAAUGCAAACCCUGAGCCCAAGGCCGGAGGAGAUGCAGUCCCCCCUGAUUGCGUUUUGGCCCUUGAAGCAGAAAUGCAAAACCUGAAGCAUAAACUUGAAGCACUAGAAGAGCAGCUAGAAGGUGUGGCAGAGCCAGCCAAGGCAGCCUCGGCCACUGCUGAUCUGCACCGUGGUGCCCAGAGCUCUGCAGAGUCGGCUGCGCUGGGGAUGGAGGCCAGGGCCUUGCACGUUCCAGGAGGAACUGCCCUGACAGGCCAGGCAUCUACUGCAUUGGCACUCAGGAAACUCGGAGACAGAGUGCAUCUCUUGAACUUGCUGGUGACACAGCUCAAAAAGAAGGUGCAGCAGAAGCCCCUGGAGCUGAAUACCAUCCAUCAUGAGCUCCCCCAGGAGGUGGACUGGGUACACCUAGAGGUUUUGGAGCUGCAGAAGCAGGUGGCUGAGCUAAGCAAGCAUCUCCAGAUAGCCUGGCCCCAAGAAGGAGAGGCUUCGGACAGGAAGCAGCUCCAGAGAGAGUGGCCCAUGGCCACCUGGGCUUGCUGAUGGUGACUUGUUAAUGACCAUCGUUGGCACUCAAGAGUCUUCCUUAAGGAACAGCCGAGAAGGUGAAAAUAGUGUGUGCACCGUGCCACAAGAACGGGGUACACAGCCCAUGGCCUCUGGCAUGGGCUAUGCUUGGGAAUGGGCGGAAGAAGAAAAAACAGGGCAGGGGGUGGGGGCUUCGGGAGUGAGACCCCAGCUGAUACUCAGCCACUGAGCAGCAGCAGAAGGCUGAAUUAGCCAAUAAUGAAGUAGAGAGCAGCCCCUGUCCCCAAGGCCCCCCCACACCCUGCCCUGCCCAGGUCCCCAGGCCUCCCCACAAUCCAGCAUUCCAGGGUGAACUCCUUGUGGGGCGGGGACCCUCUGCUGGACAAGGCCCCAAGGCUGCCACCCAUGGCUGAGCCACAUGUCCCCCUCCUGGGCAAAGUGCUAGGUGCCCAGGAAUGAGGAGGCCAGGAAGUCAGUGCUCCCAAGGGGCUGGAGGGCUGGAACCAUGGUGUCAAUGAUGUCCCCAGCUUUCCUCACUGACAAGUAGAGAAAUGGAUGAGAACUGGUGCAUGCCUGUUCCCUGCUCUGCUCCCAGGGUCAGGGCUCUUUGAAUAAUGUCGUUUCCAACACGGAUGUAUUAAGAGGAUACAGGUGCCAGCUGGAAGAGUCUCCAGUUGAUCACUUUAGCCAGCAGAUAAUGCAGAAAAGACUAAGAUCCACCAAGUUCAAUAGGAAAUCUCCACAUUUGAUGAGGGUAAGUGAACAGAUACAUGAAGAAAAUGGAGGCCAGCGGGAUGACUCAGCAAGGAAAGGUGCUUGCUGCCAAACCUGAGGACCUGAGUUCAGUCUCCAGGACCCAUACGAUAGAGAGAACCAACUCUUGAAAGUUGUCCUCUGACCCCCACAUGCAUGCCAUGCUAUGCACAUGUCCCCGUAUACAUAUAAGUAAAUAUGCUAAAAAUAAUUUCUAUAAGAUAGAAUAUAAAAUGACUCCUACAUCAGAGUGUUAGCAGGUGAACCUGACAGAUAAGGCAGUCCGAGGUGGGUGGUAAGACAUCCUAGUCUCCAGUCACAUAGCGUCUCCUCCAGAGUUGCCCUUUGAUCAUCAUUGGAGAAGCUUGGAGAUGCCCGCUUGACCUCCUUCCCCAGCAUCAGAAUACCAGCAUCUGUGCCUCCAAGUUGGACUCAAUUUUGGGGUUCCCCAAAAGCACAGAACCUGACCUAAGUAAGAGGUAGCCUCAGCCAGAACCAUUGGAUGGACAUCCACAAAUUGUGCCCCCUGACACUUCAGGGAAUCAGUGUCAUAAAGCAUAAAAAUGGGAACCUUCCAGCUGUAGGCAAGAUCAGCAUAUGCAUACUUUGUGGGUUCUGGGUCCUCGACAGGCAUUCCAGCUGGGAAGACCAUGGUUAAGAGGCCAGGUGGGGUCACCAGGAUCAGCAGUGUGCCACAGUCCUUUGUGGGAAGUACAGAUGGCAGUGUCCAAGUGGGGAGGCACACUAUCACCCACCCAUUCUCCAGGGCUUCAGGAAGAAGUUUAUGUAUAGAGGACUGGUCAAUGAAGCAGGAGUUGGAGAUGGUCCUUUCAGCUCCUGUCCAAGGCUAGACCCCCUUCCUCUGCCCAACCAAAGAGCCUACAAAGCUGGCCACCCUUCUCUGUCUCUAGCGGUGACUCCCACACAGGCCCACACAGGGCAGAAAGCCAGACAUGCUGCUGUCUAUCCACCUCUGACCUCAGCUGGGCUGCGCUGUCAUCCCCUGUUCCUGGGUCAUCAACUCAUAGCCCAGGCCUUGCUACCCUGUGCUGGGCAGCAAAGGUAGUAGAAGGACUAUCCUGGAGGGGACACUGUUGGCCACCUGGAAGUUUUAACCCUGACCUGACUUGGGGAAGAGCCUUCUGUGUCCCUAGGAGUCCCUGGUUUUGAUCACAGCCUCCUGAGGAUGGGUUUGCUGAAGUGUUUGUUCAAGUGUCCAUAGUCCAAAGGAUAUCUCUGAAUGUGUCUCGGGUUGUAGAAUCUUUACCUGGGUGGGGGGUUGGGGGAGACGUUACAAAGCACUUUAAUCAAAUAAAAUUUUAGUCAUUCCGUGUCCUCCAGGUAAGUGUGCUCUUAGGAACAGGGCCAGGGCUGAACCUUUCUGUGUGGCUAUGUCCAAAGGUUUGAGGCCCAGGGCAUUUUCAGCAUGCUGGGCCAUACCAGACUGUCACUGGGGUGAAGGCUCCAUGUCUACAGAGCGAUCAAGGUCUGCAGGGUCUCUGUGUCAGAACAGUUCUCACUUAAAGUAACAUGAGAAUGAAUGUCUCAUGUCUUACAGAGCUAGACUUUUGAAGCAAUGGGGAGAUGGAGUCCCAUCAGGCAGCCCUUGCAGAAUGGAGCCCCAGCCUCCCUUCCUCUGGGUCUGCCCACCUCUCCUAGGGCCUUUGUAUUCCAAAGUCCACCCCUGAGGAAAGACUGAAGAACAAACUACCGUGGAAAUGCAUUGAGAUUUGGGGUACUUGGGCCUCUGACAGGCUUCCCUGGGACUGCUGACUUAUCCAGCUUGGGCCUGUGGGGCCAUAGGACUUUCUCUAUCCCAGAGACCUCUCUGCUACCAUGCCAUCCCAUGACCCUCCAGUCGCUGGUGGCCUGCAGUGUAUCCCAGAAGCAUUGGCACACAGUUACCUACAGGUGCAGUCAUCCACACACUCCAGGCUACCUGAGGAACAGGAGUACCCAGAGGGCACAAGGGCCUGCCAGCCUUGCCAAAUAUCAGGGACCCAGCCGGGCAGGGCAUGCAGGAUGCUCCAGGGCACAGAGCUCAAGCACCCAGGAAGGAGCAGUUCCUUAUGGCCUCUCAAAGCUGUCCAGGACCCCGUCUCCUGUUUCCUCCUCUUGUUGCAGACGUACUCACAUUGUGACUACAUUUCUGCAGUGUGUGGGAUGGGCCCCCACGUCCAAGAUGGCUGAGUGGGAGGCCACACGGCUUCCAGGGGUUCACGUGGCCCUGGCAAUCACACCUGCUUUCUCAGUAGCCUUUGCCUCCUUCUGUGCCUUCUCAGGGUGGAGAGAACACAGCCAACCCACAGGGUGGUGAGGGGAGUCUGACAGCAGGUGGAAAAGUGUGAGCCAGAGGGAGGGAAGGAAGAGAAGGGGGACAGGCUAGCUCUUGGACAAUAGGGGAGGCAGAGUAGGGGCCACAGCAGUGAGAAGUGCCUGGCAGUGCCCAUCUGGGCUCAGGCUUCCCAGGUUUAGGGGCUUUACUCUUUCUCCCACAGCAAAAGCUGCACAGGCCCUUAGGGAACCCUGUGCUAGCUGGUUGUGAAUGAAUUCUCCUUGUUC